AUGCUCGCCUACUGCGUGCAAGAUGCCACGGUGGUGGACGUGGAGAAACGGAGGAGCCCCUCCAAGCACUAUGUCUACAUCAUCAAUGUGACCUGGUCCGACUCCACCUCCCAGACCAUCUAUCGGAGGUACAGCAAGUUCUUUGACCUGCAGAUGCAGCUUCUGGAUAAGUUCCCCAUUGAAGGUGGCCAAAAGGACCCCAAGCAGAGGAUCAUCCCCUUCCUCCCAGGCAAGAUCCUCUUCCGGAGAAGUCAUAUCCGGGACGUAGCUGUGAAGAGGCUGAAGCCCAUUGAUGAGUACUGCCGGGCACUUGUCCGGCUGCCUCCCCACAUUUCGCAGUGUGAUGAAGUCUUUCGGUUCUUUGAGGCCCGACCAGAGGAUGUCAACCCCCCAAAAGAGGACUAUGGCAGUUCCAAGAGGAAAUCAGUGUGGCUGUCCAGCUGGGCUGAGUCUCCCAAGAAGGACGUGACAGGUGCCGACACCAACGCCGAGCCCAUGAUCCUGGAACAGUACGUGGUGGUGUCCAACUAUAAGAAGCAGGAGAACUCAGAGCUGAGCCUCCAGGCCGGGGAGGUGGUGGAUGUCAUCGAGAAGAACGAAAGUGGUUGGUGGUUCGUGAGCACCUCUGAGGAGCAGGGCUGGGUCCCUGCCACCUACCUAGAGGCACAGAAUGGCACUCGGGAUGACUCAGACAUCAACACUUCCAAGACUGGAGAAGAGGAAAAGUACGUCACCGUGCAGCCUUACACCAGCCAGAGCAAGGAUGAGAUUGGCUUUGAGAAGGGCGUCACUGUGGAGGUGAUCCGGAAGAAUUUGGAGGGCUGGUGGUAUAUCAGAUACCUGGGCAAAGAGGGCUGGGCACCAGCAUCCUACUUGAAGAAGGCCAAAGACGACCUGCCGGCUCGGAAGAAGAACCUGGCAGGCCCAGUGGAGAUCAUCGGGAACAUCAUGGAGAUCAGCAACCUGCUGAACAAGAAGGCAUCUGGGGACAAGGACAAUCCGCCUGCGGAAGGCGAGGGCUCUGAAGUACCCAUUGCCAAGAAGGAGAUCAGCCUGCCUAUCCUUUGCAAUGCUUCCAACGGCAGCGCCCUGGGCAUCCCCGAGAGGACUGUCUCCAAGCUGGCCCAGGGUUCUCCAGCCGUGGCCAGGAUUGCCCCUCAGAGGGCCCAGAUCAGCUCCCCAAACCUAAGGACAAGGCCCCCACCACGCAGAGAAUCCAGCCUGGGGUUCCAGCUGCCGAAGCCACCAGCGCCCCCUUCUGUUGAAGUGGAGUACUACACAAUUGCCGAAUUCCAGUCAUGCAUCUCCGAUGGGAUCAGCUUUCGGGGAGGACAGAAGGCAGAGGUCAUUGAUAAGAACUCAGGCGGCUGGUGGUACGUGCAGAUUGGUGACAAGGAGGGCUGGGCCCCUGCGUCCUACAUUGAUAAGCGCAAGAAGCCCAACUUGAACCGCCGCACAAGCACCCUGACCCGGCCCAAGGUACCCCCGCCAGCUCCCCCCAGCAAACCCAAGGAGGCCGAGGAGGGGCCGGUGGGCACCAGUGAGAACCAGGACUCCCCGCUGAAGCUCAAGUACGAGGAGCCUGAGUAUGACAUCCCUGCCUUCGGCUUUGACUCAGAGCCAGAGCUGAGUGAGGAGCCCACGGAGGACAGCGGCUCAGGGGACAGGCGGCCCACCCAGCCCCACAGGCCCUCACCCGCCUCAUCACUGCAGCGGGCCCGCUUCAAGGUGGGCGAGUCUUCAGAGGACGUGGCCCUGGAAGAGGAGACCAUUUAUGAGAACGAAGGCUUCCGGCCUUUUGCAGAGGAUGCCCUGUCAGCUAGAGGCUCCUCCGGGGACAGCGAUUCCCCAGGGGGCUCCUCACUGUCCCUUGCCAGGAAAAACUCCCCCAAGUCGGGCUCCCCCAAGUCCUCAUCACUCCUAAAGCUCAAGGCAGAGAAGAAUGCCCAGGCCGAGCUGGGGAAGAACCACUCCUCGGCCUCCUUCUCCUCCUCCAUCACCAUCAAUACCACCUGCUCCUCUUCUUCCUCCUCCUCCUCCUCGUCCAAGAACAGUGGUGACCUGAAGCCCCGCUCUGCCUCAGACGCAGGCAUCCGCGGCACUCCCAAAGUCGGGGCACGGAAGGAUGUUGACGUGAAGGCUGGCCUGUCCUGUGCCCGGGCCAAGCCAUCAGUUCGGCCCAAGCCCUUCCUGAACCGAGCAGAGUCCCAGAGCCAGGAGAAGAUGGACAUCAGCACUUUACGGCGCCAACUGAGGCCCACGGGCCAGCUCCGCGGUGGCCUCAGGGGUUCCAAGAGCGAGGAUUCAGAGCUGCCCCCCACCUCAGCCUUGGAGAGUCCCAGUGAGGGGCCCAGAAGGGGCUCAGCUGAUCUGAUCACCCUCCCUGUUCCCACCCCCCCAUGUCCCACCAAGAAAGAGCGGGAAGGGCCGGCCACUUCCUAUAUAACAUGCAGUGCCUACCAGAAAGUGCAGGACUCAGAGAUCAGCUUCCCCGCAGGCGUGGAGGUGCAAGUGCUUGAGAAGUUAGAAAGUGGAUGGUGGUAUGUGAGGUUUGGGGAGCUGGAGGGCUGGGCCCCUUCCCACUACCUGGUGCUUGGCGAGAACGAGCAACCUGAGCCCUCUGGCAACGAGUUGGACCAAGUAACCACCAAGAGCAAGCAGAACGAGGGCAAGUCAGACAGCCUGGAGAAGAUCGAGAAGCGGGUCCAGGCGCUAAACACCGUCAACCAGAGCAAGAGGGCCACACCACCCAUCCCCUCCAAGCCACCCGGGGGCUUCGGCAAGACCUCCAGUGCCAGCAUGGUGAAGAUGCGAAAUGGCGUGCGGCAGGUGGCAGUGAGGCCUCAGUCGGUGUUUGUGUCCCCACCACCCAAGGACAACAACCUGUCCUGUGCCCUGCGGAGGAAUGAGUCCCUCACGGCCACCGACAACCUUCGAGGUGUCCGCCGGAACUCCUCCUUCAGCACUGCCAGCUCAGCUGCGGCAGAGGCCAAGGGCCGCCUUGCCGAGCGGGCCGCCAGCCAGGGCUCAGACGCACCCCUACUGCCCACCCAACGCAAUGGCAUCCCCGUGUCCCCUGUACGCCCCAAGCCCAUUGAGAAGUCCCAGUUCAUCCAUAACAACCUUAAAGACGUGUACGUCUCGAUCGCAGACUACGAGGGUGAUGAGGAGACAGCAGGCUUCCAGGAGGGAGUGUCCAUGGAGGUUCUGGAGAGGAACCCCAAUGGCUGGUGGUACUGCCAGAUCCUGGAUGGGGUGAAGCCCUUCAAAGGCUGGGUGCCCUCCAACUACCUUGAGAAAAAGAACUAA